AUGGAGCCCGUGGGUGCUACCGCCAGCAUACUCACGUUUGUGACUGUCGCGUUUUCCGCUACCAAGUCAAUUUACGGCGCCCUGUCAGCAAUCAAAGACGGUCCCGAAAUCCUUAGCUCUAUCAGCGAUGAAGUCUCCCAGCUCCAGAGUAUUCUUCAGAGAAUAUUGCAAGUGGUGUCAUCAACAGCGAGACCUGCCGAUAGAUCAAAGCUUGAGCAAAUGGUCAAGAAAUGCAGAGAUGAUUUGCUCGGAUUUGAGGCCAAGCUUCGCCAACUCGAUGUCGCAGGAGCCGAUGGCCGAAGAGGCCAAUUAUGGCGAAAGUUCAAGAUCUGCUUUGAAGAGAAAGACCUCGAUCGGAUCCGUCAUGUGAUCGGGAGGCAUGUCCAACUACUCACACUCUAUUUGGGCACCAUGCAGGACCAGCAGGCGUCGCUCAUCGCAGCACAAUCAACCGAAAUACUUGCCGGUGUCCAAAAACUCCAGCAGUCAUCACCUGCAGCCACACAGUCAAACGAGAUACUUACUCGUAUCCAAGAACUCCAGCACACAUCUCCUACAGCAACACAACUAAAUGAAGUGCUUGUUUCUCUCCAACAGCUUCAACAAGAUAUGGCAGUAUUGCAAGUAUCCAGCACAGCUGCUCAAACUCAAAUCGGGUCGUCAGGCAUUUCACCAAGGGUUGUAGAACUCGACGACGAGAAUUCACCAAUUUCGCAACAGACCACUCUGGAUGAUACCAUCGGUCGAUUGAUGCAGUUACUGGAAAAGAAGCCCUGCACUAUUGAGUUCGAUGACGCACAGGAAAUAUUCGACGACCUGGAGCGCCUAUUGCAGUCUAUUCGGGAUGAUGCACAGUCUACAAAAGCCGGGGAAGGGGAUCAGGAUAAAGAUACAGACGUCUCAAAGGAGAUGAAGCUAUUUACAAGUCUGAUUUUCUCGGCCCAAUCUUUGAGAGUCAACCAAGCCGUGCCUAACUUGAAAAGAACCGAUGAACUCCUUCGAGGUUACUGA